UGCUGCUUUUGAGUCCCUGUUGGCUGCUUGAGCUGUCGGUCUCUAGAAGCGGCCGCAGGGGCGGGAGCAACAGCGGGAUCUUUUCAGUUAGUUUCGUAAUUGGACAGCAAGUUUAGCGGAGGGGCCUCGAGGGAGCCCAUUGGCUGGAAGUUUUUGACCUCAGGUGGUUGUGCGACGGUUGAAGAUUGAGCGCGAGGGAGAGCUUCCGUGUUGAGCUCCUAAGAAUGGAAAGUGUGGAGGGUGAAGCUGGCGGGAGUUGUUGCCUUCAGCCUGAGACAAAGGAACUGAAACCCAGGGUAGAAGAAUUAAAGAUGGAAGAAAUUAAAUACCUUUGGUCUCAGCUGGAUGGUGCUCAAACAGGUUGGCAAGAACUGAGUGAGAUUAAGGAACAACUGCUUGUUCAGACAUCAUAUAUGGAAGAAAUGGAAUGUUUGAAGAAGGAUUAUCAGAUUAAAUGGGAUAAAAAAAGAAUUGAACAUGAAAAUGAGCUGGAACAAUUAAGACUUUAUUUUGAACAGAAAUUAAAGACUGUAGAAGAAAAUUACAGAGAAGAAUUGACAAUGUUGCACCAGAGAUUACAAGAAGUGAAGGAUUCCUUCUUGCCGGAGAUGGAGAACAGCCAAGAUCAACACGUGGAAUUUGGCCCAUCUAUCCCACUUUUAGAAGAUAUGACUGAAAAAGAGAGAUAUGGUCUGUUUGAACAGCUUACUCUGCAACUGGAGCACUACAAGGAAGAACUCUGUAGCCUACAGCUGCAUUUGGAUAAAAAACACAAAGAAGAGAUAGAGUCUUUAAAGAGUUCUCUCAAACUCCAUUACCAAGAGAGCCUCGUGAAGAUGAAGAUGGAUUUGUCAGAGAAAUAUAUCUCUGAAAUUGAGGAGCUGAAAAGAAAACACUGUUUAAAUCUUGAAGAGCUCCGUGCCCAAAUUUCAGAAGAGCACCUCAAAGAAAUUGCGAAACUUGGUCUACAGAAUGCUCAAGAUGCUGCACGACAAAUAGAAACAAAAGUAGCUGAACGACUCUUGGCAUUAGAAGAUGAAUGCAAGACAAAACAUCAUGUUCAAGCUGAAAUGCAGUUGGUUUCCAUGCAAGAAGAAAUAGAAAAACUGAAAAGAGAAAAUGCUGAUUUAAAGAAAAUGAGUGUGCGGCAAGAAAUGCAUUUGAAGCAGGAGUUUGAGCAGACAGAGGAUAAAACCAAAUCUUUGAGAGAUGAGAUGGAGGAUGCCAGUGGCGAACUGAAAAAUCUUCGACGAGAGGAGAAAGAAAACAGAGGAGGACAGAUUCCAAUAGCUGUACUGAGAACUGAUAUUGAACUUUGCAUAAAUGAAAAGGAAAAGUUCCUAGAGUCUUACCAGCAAAUUUUGAAACUGCUUCUGAAAAUGAUGAAGGCCAUAAAAGAUACUAAUGACCUUAUCUACAAGAAGACUGGUAAUUAUAGCCUUGCUUCUGAAGAUUCAAGAGAGAACCUGUUUAUGAUUGGAGAACUAGUACUUGGAGAGAAGAGUACAACUGAGGGGACAUGGCACACACAGAAAAGUGAUAGAGUUGGCCAAGGAAAGUUUCUCAAUCAGACUUUACCAGAACACAACUUUGCUUCUCUGAUGGCUGAUGAAAUAUCAGAGCUAAGUGAGCAUUUAUGUGAAAGUAUUUUUGAAAAUCAAGAUUUGGUAUUGGAAAAUGAAGAACAAAUUCAUAAAAUCUGUCAUGGCUUGCACGCUGUGGUAGAAAAGCUUCUGGAUCAACUUGCGGAAUCAACAAAACAACUGGAAGAAAUGCAUACAGUCAGCAUUCACAUUGAAGAAGAUUUCAAGGGUAGGAGAUGGCAAGUAUGUCAGAUCGUUAAUGACCCCCAUGAGCCAAUGGACUGCUUUAAUGAAGAGAACAAAGUAAACAGUCAGCUGGUGCUGGAGCUUCACAAAACAAAAGGCUUCAUGGAAGGCUGUUUAGCAGAGAGAUAUGCUUUGGAAGAAGCCUUAAAGCUGAAAGAGGAAUCGGAAUUCCGUCUAGUUAUAGAACUGGAGGCUUUGAAAGCACAGAUCCAAGAGCUAACCCAGGAACUUGCAAGAUCUGCUGAGGAACAGAAAUUAUUAACAAAUCAAAAUAAAGCUUUGGCAGCCAGUAUAGGGGAGAGAGAAGCUGACUUAGUUAAGAAAAUAGAACAUCUAGCAAAAGCAAAGUUAGAAGUAGAAUGUCAAACAGAAAAGGAUCGUUCCACCUUGAACGCGCACGUGAAGAUGUUGGAGAUGGAACUUGAAGAAGAACUGAAAAAAAAUCAAAAUCUGGCUGUCAUGUCUUUGGAAGUUACUGAUCUUAAACAACAAAUGCAAGCCCUUGAAAGAAAGCUUAAAAAUCAACGAGAUUUCAUGGAUAAGCAAGCUGCAGAACGGGAACGGGAACGUGAUGAAUUUCAGGAAGAAAUCCAGAAACUAGAAAUGGAAUUAAAACUGACAGCAAAACGUCAAGCUUCUGAACACUCCAAAGCAGAUCUGGUAGAGUCUCUCCAGAAUGAAAUAAAAGAGAGAGCAGAAGAUUACAACAGGCUUUUCUUAGACCGAGAGCGUAUUCAGAAAGAGCUUGUUGUUCAAAAUGAAGAAAUAGAAAAGUUGGAAAGACAGAUCCGAGAAUUAGAAUGCAGGAAUGAGGAACAGAAAAAUAAUAUCAAUAAACUCAGUCAAGAAAUGAAAGAAAUGGAAGCUGAAUUAAAACAAGAAAACAUUGAAAAACUUGCCAUGCAAUGUCAAAAUCCAGGUGAAAGUGAGCUGGUUAUUCUGCAAUUUCUUAAAUCAUUGGUUGAAGAAAAGAAUCAAGAAACAGAUCAUCCGAAUGAACAAAUUAUGAGACUGGAAUAUACUAUAGAAAACAUGGAGGGAAAUGAGAUCCUAGAAAACAAAGUACUUGAAAUUCAGGACACAAAAUCAAUUAUAGAGCAUCUCCAUGGUGACAAGGAACAAUUAUUAAGGGAUAAAACACAAGAAGUAAAACAGCUCAAUAGAGUAACUGAGAAACUUCAAAAAGAGUUAGUUCUUCUUGCAACCAUGUGUCAAAAAGCUGAUGACAGACAAGACACUGUUAAUAGUUGUUCUGUGGUGCAGCCAGAAGAUAAUUUUCUAAAUGAAACAAAGAAAGGAUCACUGGUGAACAGAGGUGAGGAAAAUUGUACAUCACUUAAUCCCAACAAGAAGCAGUUUCAAGAUCACUUAGAAAUUGCUAUGGCAGGCAAAGAAGCUUUGCAACAGCUUCUUGAAGAAGACAAUAAUCUGUUUAAAACACAAGUAAAAAUCCUGGAACAAAAUCUUCAAAAUGUUCAGCAGUCUUCUACAGAGCACUUUACCAAGCUGACAACUUUACAGCUACAGUAUGAAGAUUUACAAGAGGAACACAAGCUGCUGAAGAGCUGUUUAACAUACACACAAACUGAACUGAGGAUAUGUAGUGCUCAUAUUCGGGAACUGGAAGAUCGUCUGCAGGACAGACAGGCAGUGCUUUCAGAAAAAGAGCUACAGCUUCAAAGAGUGUUAGAACAGAAAGCAGUGGAAGUACAGCAUGUAAAAGAAAACGUUGAGCUUGAAAAUGAACUCUACAUCUUAACACAAACACUGCAUGAAAAAGAGGCUUUUUAUCAGAGACAGAUUAGUGAACUUCAACUUUCUAUUGGAGAACUGAAGUUACAGAUUGAGAAAAAGGUGGAAGAACUAGAAGCAUUGAGGUCUGAAAGAGAUCUCUUUUACUCACACUUGAAAUCCUACAUCAAAACACCUCAAGAUAUUAAUCAGAAAGAAACUAAACUUCAUAAGGUGGGUCUAAAACAUGACACCCUUGUUCAUUUUGAAGAAAAAUAUGAAGGAAAAGAAGAGAGAAAAGCAAUUAACAUACCAUCAAUAUCUGCUGUACCUUCUUAUGGAGACAAACUGGUGAAAAAUACAAUAACUCAUCUGAAGAUGUCCAGCAAAAAUCAUAAUAUUCAGGAUAAACAUCUACAAAGUAAGCUUUGUAUUCAAGAGGAAAAAAUAACUGAAGAACAGCAAAACCUACAAUUAGUUUGUCAAGAAAUGUGGCAGCUUAAUCAACUUUCCCAAAACACACAGUUUAUUCAAAAGAUGUCAGAUGAGAUUCAAAAUAUAAUAAUUGAUGGGACUGCAUGGGACUCACCUGAGAUUUUAAGAAAAGAGAACAGCAUGGAGCUUUGGUCAAAUCUUGCUGUAACACCUUUCUCAGAAGUUGAUAGUAUGCACAGCAUAGACUCUGAAAGCCUGUGUUCUGAGCACCCAGUUGUUCCAAGUGAUAUCCUUGGAAGUGUGGAAUGGCCUGCUUCUUACUGCAAUGACAAUGAGGAAACAGCAGCCAGUUUCAUUUUCCAGUCUUCAACAACCCCAGGACCUACCUUUUCAGUUUCUUACUACAGUGAUGUGCAAGAAAAUAUUUCAGUGAGAAAUGCUGAAGAUGUAACUCUGAUGCCACUUACCAUGCAGGAUGAUCUAAGAACUAACCUGUCCAAAUAUGAAGGUGGAAGCAUUGAAUAUGUUAGCAAUGCUAGUUCAGAUUUAGGACAUCAGCUUCAUCAGGAAAAUAAGGAAACUACACUGCUGCAAGAUGACAGUGUCAUGGCUUACCUGCAGUGCCUUGGAAUGGUUCCAGACAUCAGUGAAACAGCAAUGAAAGAAAAAGAAAUGUUUUCACAACAGUUGAAGCAUGUGCUUGAUAUGGUAUAUGAAGAAAGUCACAAAAUACUGGUUUUGUCAGAAAAAUCUCAAACUCCUGAUGGUGAUAAGAAAAAUAUUCAGAAGACUCUUUCAAUAGAGGCAUGGCAAAGAGAGAGGCUAAUCUUGCUUGAUUCAGUACAAUCACUGAAGGAUUACUUCAGCAAAGUACCACAUGAAGAAGACAAGGUAGAGACAUAA